CGCUUCCGAAGCGACAAGUAGUUGAUAGCCAACAUCGAAAGGCGAAAGUCGAAAGGCGGCAGGAAAACGCAACUGCACGCGUUGCAAGAAACACAAAAAUUAAACAGAACCCACAGAAAUCCACAAUAGCCCCCGAAAAAUAAUUCUUUAUGUUUAUUUUAACCUGAAGGGAAAGAGAAUAUUGUUUCGAAAACAACAAGCUAAUAUAUCGAGAAAAACAAAAAGUAAAAACGUGUCGCCGUCCGUCAAUGUGAAGAGCUCCCAUGUGCUGCAUUACCAAUUGAAAAAACAUAAACAGGCAGACCGAGGAGAAAUGGGAAAAUAGAACCAGCCGAUAGAUAAACAGCCACUGCAACAACCCCACCAAAAAAAAGUAAAGAAAAGAAAAGAAAAUUAAAGAAAAGAAAAAGAAAAUAUUACCAGGGCGAAAGUGAAAGUGAAUAUAAAAUAUAUCGGACGAGAACGAUCGGUCUUAUCUCUCCGCUUUAUUUUUUGGAGUGAAUGCACUCCGACGGAUCCUCGAUUAGAGGUGCCUAAGCCAGAUCCAAAUCCAAAUCGAAAUCUAAAUUCAGAGCGCUGUUUUUGCACGAGAUCAUAAAUAGAUUUCGCAGCCGAGGAAUCCAAGUUCAGUGUCAAUCUGCGAGAUUCUUUUGCGUGGGGUCAGUCGUCUGCCUCGCAGAACCAUAAAAUAAAAUAAUCUUCGAAGGCGAUUUUCGAAAUCCGCGAGUAGCUGUGAUACUGCAUUUUCCAACAUGACUCAGUCGAAGGAAAAUCCUGAGAAAAGUCGCGAACUCAUCAGCGAGGAAAGCAUGAAGGAUCUGCUCACCAAACAACUCGAAAUUGUUGGCAGCGGAGGCGCAUUUGUGUGGGCGAUUUUCUUUUUGUGUGUCACUCCAAAUAUAUUGAAUGGCUUCCAUGUGUCAUCCUACACUUUGUUGGGUCACCUGCCGGAUGAUCAGUGGUGUGGCAUUCAGGAUCUGCAGGACACCAACUGGACAUUGGCACAGAAGAGGGAAAUCUCUGCCAAAGGAUUGGAAUCUGGAGGAUGCACCGUGUGGGAUUGGAACUAUGAGCACUUGGGGAAGAUGUCCUUUGAAUCUGCUCUGAAUCACACCACCUUCCUGUCCCAGAUUUCCCCACCAACUGAGGUUUCCUGCAAGGUGAAGGGACAACAUGAGUUCGCCCAUCCGGAGAGCACCUUCGUUUCCGAUUGGGAUCUCACCUGCGAUCGGAGUAUUCAGCGAACCUCCGCUCAGGUUUCCAUUUCCCUGGGAAAGUUCUGCGGCUCCUUCUCCUUUGGCAUUCUGGCAGAUAAAUUUGGUCGCAAGUCCUCGUUUACUUUGGGAGCUGUCUUCUUCAUUGUGGGCAGCUUCUUCUGCACAUUUUCUCCUUGGUAUACUCUCUUUUUAGCAGGACGAUUUGCCUUGGGAGCCGCUUCAUCAGGACUUUUUUAUCCUGCCUUUACCAUGAUUGUUGAGAACAUCUGCUUGAAACACCGAUCCUGGAUGUCCAUUGCCUUCUCGGCCUCCUAUCCCGUGGGCAUGAUCUCCCUGGCCAUUAUGGGUUACAUCAUCCAACCCUGGAGGCAACUGCAAUUGGCACUGACCAUUCCCUCCCUGCUGCUCAUACUUAAUUGCUACUUGAUGAAUGAGUCACCCCGCUGGCUGAUCACGAACAAGAAGUACGAUCGCGUCUACAAGAUUCUCUUCAGACAACCGAGCCACUACCAAAUUCAGCCAGCGGUGGCAGCCUCCUCUCAAAUCGUCACCGAUAAGAAGUCGUUGGAGCCGGAAGUGGGUUCCUCGCUGGGAGAGAAGCUCAGGAAUGGUCCUUUGAAGUCCAUCAUUGAGUUGUACGGCAAUUCCAGUGUGCGCAAAAUGAUCUUUGCCUCGUAUUUCAUGUUCUGCGUUACUUCUUUGAGUUACUAUGUGACGGCUCUGAAUGCCGCCAAUCUUUCGGUAUCGCGAUACCUGUAUAUUAUUGCUACUGGCCUCGUGGAUAUACCUUCCUACUUGGUGCCGGUGGUGAUGCUCCGCUUCACUGGUCGUCGCCUCACCACCAUGUUCCUAUUCUUGUGGACGGGGGUGUCCUUGCUGCUGGUUCUUUCGGUUCCCGCCGGCAGCACCACCUGGAUUGUGGCCUUCGCCAUGCUCGGUCGCUUCGGGAUCAGUGCCACCUACUCGGUGGUGACCCUCUACACCGCCGAGCUCUAUCCCACCGAGAUCCGCAACUCGGCGCUGGGAACCUGCUCCACCUUUGCCCACGUGGGCUCCAUUUCGGCACCGUAUGUGGUGGAUGUUCUGGGAGCACUCGGCUGGUACAUUCCAACCACGAUCUGCGGCUGCUGCGUUCUAGUAGCUGGCCUGCUCACCCUCACACUUCCCGAAACCGCAACGGGGAAGCUUUCGGACAAAGUGGAGAGCACUCCGGACAAUUCUGCGGAUGAGCAGCCCGCCAAGCAGUGAAGGCAUUUAGAUUAAGCCACAUUUUCACGAAUUGAUUUGUCAGGAGUUCAUUUCAGACUUUCCGAAAUUUAUCAGGUUGAAAUUGGGGACCUCUUUUAAUAUAGGAAAUAUUUGUAUAAGAGGGUUUUUAGAAUUACGAACCAAAAACGUUUUUACCUCAGGUUGUUGAAUGCUUCUUCAAAUUUUAAGAUUUUAGUUAGAACAAAAAAAGACACAAGACUAGGCUGAUAAAUCAAAUCGUGUAAAUGGUUACUCUACCGUAGUUAGUCUAGCUUAAAUUCUAGUUAUAUGUAUACCAUAACCUGCAGUACUUUAGCCUAAGUUCGUUAUUAGUCCGUGCUAUUCCUGCAUUCUUUAAGCAUAUAUUCAUAACUGUUUUUCUGUUUGAUAUCGCAUAAUAAAUAUACUAUUUAUACGUGA